CAGUGUGCCAUGAACGGAGUGAUAGCCUAAACGCGAAAAGUUCUUGCUGGUCGUCAUCGUCGUCGUCGUCGUUGUCCGUUGUCAAUCGCAGUUACCGUCGUUUUUCGCGCGGCACGCGCUCUUGCUUGUGUUUUGUGUGCGAAGUCGCAAUUUUUUUCCAGUGUAAUUUGGUGAAAAUCAAGCAUAACUUUUUCUCAGUGGUUCCUGUUGCUGUUGGGAGUAACAAAUUUGUUUUUUUUUCGUUCUGGGUUUACGAACGGCAUUAAGUACGACAGCAACAGCAAACGGUCAGCAGGAGCACGGUUGACCGGAAUUCACCACCCCGUUUCGGCUGUUUUCGGGCUGUGAACGAAAAUGCCACAUUGGUGUGCCGGUGUAUGUGUGCCGUGAGAUGCUCCAAUGAAGAAGACAGGUCGAUCCGUUUAGUUUUCCGACGAAGGUCUUUCUGCGGGUCGUGGUUCAGUGAUUAUGUGCUCGUAAAAGUGUCGUCAUCCAUGGUCGCACACGGUAGUAAACACUAGAUUUUCGGGAUUAACGUCGGUGCCGCGCCGAGAGCAAGCGAGGAGAUGAUGGUUGAAAUCGUCUUCACGUAAGGAUUUGCGCCAAGCAUUAAAACUUUCUUAAAACUCAACUCAUUGUGGAUCAAAGCAAGCGAAAUACCUUAAAUUUAUAACCUAGCAAUCGUGGAGUAAACGAAUCGUACAUUUAACUAUCAAUAGGGAAAGUGCCUUACUGAACCGAAAAGCAGGAAUACAAAAGAUUUUCACAAAACCAGAACAACCGAAAGUACAAAACUAUAUCGAAAGUUUACAGUAGAGACAAGAGUAGAAGAGAAAAAAAAAAACAGUGGAUUACCCAAAAUCGUAGUGUUCGCAAAAGCCACAAAGUUGGAGCCGCUAGCAAGAUUCUCCGGUUCCGAUUUGUUGCCCAGGUUUAGCAACAAAUCAUCGGCCUUUAUUGGCCAGCAGCAGCAGCAACUCUAUUCACCGACGCCAGCGCCGGAGGACAGCCGAAAGGCGGCCGCCAUCAAGAUGGAACCAGAAAACCAAGCCCAACAGUACGGCGAAGUGAACCAGCUGGGAGGAGUGUUCGUGAAUGGGCGUCCCCUACCGAACAGCACCCGCAUGCGGAUCGUGGAGCUAGCCCGACUCGGAAUCCGACCGUGCGACAUUUCCCGGCAGCUACGCGUCAGCCACGGCUGUGUAUCGAAGAUACUAGCACGCUACCACGAGACCGGAUCGAUCCUACCGGGAGCCAUCGGCGGUUCCAAGCCCCGCGUCACAACACCCAAAGUAGUGACGUACAUCCGCGAGCUCAAGCAGAAAGAUCCGGGCAUUUUCGCGUGGGAAAUCCGUGAUCGACUCCUGUCGGAUGGGGUUUGCGAUAAGAACAAUGUGCCUAGCGUUAGUUCGAUCUCGCGAAUCCUGCGGAACAAGCUGGGGAACAUCACCCAUCAUCACAGUGGCAAUCACACACCGCACACGACCCAUCUGUACAACUCGAUCUAUCCCUCCUAUCCGUACACGACCAAUUCGCUCAAAUCGGAAGUUUCCUGCGGCGGCAGUCCGUCCCCUCCGACGGGGGUCACACCGAUGCGAUCGCCUCACCACCACCAUCACUGUUGGCCCUCGUCCCACUCGGUGACCGAUAUCCUGGCGAACGUUCAUCACCAGGCCGCGGUAGCCGCCCUCCGGAAUGGCAAUCCCGUCUCGCAGUGUCACACAACGCCACCACCUCCGUCGCUGGGUUCCGUCGUGCCUAACAUGGCCGGCAACAUGCAGCAUCAGAUGCAGGACACAACCCACCAAUCGCCGAACUCGUACAACUAUUACAUGUAUCUGCAGAGCGGAGGAAUGCACCACGGCGGGCUGGCCAGCGCCAGUGGAUUAUAGGAGCCACCCGUGUUGUCGUCGUCAAUGUCGUCAUCGUCGUCGUCGUGGCCUCCUCUGAUGGCUAGCCAGAGUGUGCUAUUUUAAAGGGGGCAGGACACGCCGUUCAAUUACACAGUGUUAUUUUUGAGUUUUUUUCUCUUCCGUUUGGUCACCUUUUUUUAAACUACUACCAUUAUUAUUAUUAUCACUACUACUUAUACUACAACUAUUACUGCUAAUGCUACCAACUAGGGUGAAACUGGUUUUUUAUGAAAGCUUAAAUUGAGCGUGUGACAAACGUGGUGCGAAUGCGUGCCUGUGUGUGUGCGAAAGAGUGUGAGAAGAGGAAGAGGGGGAAAAACAAUGUCCAACCAGUGCAAUAUUGUGAAUAUGUCAAGGUUACGGAAACCUGCGUUUACACUUAGUAUGAUUUUUCUUCGUUCGUACAUACAGCUGGAAAAUCAAUUUCAAACCAGUUUUUUUUAUAGUUUGCCAUACGUAUAAGCUUCCAUAGUCAGUCGAUAAUUUUUGUAUAGUAAAACACUCACAAACACAUACACACAGAUUUCAGGGGUGAACUGGACGCAAAACACAUUCAGACAAAACUAAUCGAAUUCAGGAAAUAAUUGAAAAAACAAAAGCUUAUAAAACAAACAACUGACAGUACAAAACAAGAUGAUAAUACACUAACACAGAGGGGGGGAGAUUCGAUCGAAUCAUCUCGAACUCCUCCACUGCUGGUGACUAUUGUAUGAUGACAGCGAAUAAGAGAAAAUCCAAUGCUCAAAAGGUUGUAAAUUAAAACAAAAACUAAAUCUCUGAACAAAAACUAGUACCACCAAAACUUAUUUUUUUCUCAAAACAAGUGAACUAAAAGCAAGUACAACACUUAUAUCAAACGUUCAAACAGAAAAGCUCCGAUCAUGUAGCGAAAGUAACAAAAAAACAGAAGAGAAAAGCAAUAUUUUAAUAAGCAUACCUUAACUUGCGAAAGUACUUGAAAAACUUAUAGCAAAGGACUAUUUUAAACUGUACAGAGAUCGAACAAACCUGCUUCAUCAGAGAGCAUACACAUUAAAAUUAAACUAUGCAUGAAAAAGAGGAGAAAAAAGUGUAAUAAAUAUCCCCAGAUGUGUGCCUUUUUCUAUAACAUAUAUAUACAGAGGAGAACAGUGCGAAACAACAGCAACAAAAAAAUGAACCCAGAUUAGCCGGCAAACUUGUACAUAGCAACAACAGAACAGAACAGAACAAAAAAAAACAAUCAACAAAACAUGAGCGAGAGAGACAGAGAGUACUAAUCGCGCAGCAGCUUGGUAAAAUAGUCAUGCCUAGGCAAAUGCAACUAGCAAAACAUAACCAACAGGAAAAAAACGCUAAUGCUAUUAGAGAGGGAUUUCACACCAAACUCACUUGUGAGUUUGGUGACAUCAUAACCCAAUGCUUUAUGCUUGAAAACCCAUAUUAAAAAGCGAAUUCGCGUGAAAUCCCUCCACCCAUUGCCCUUCUGCUGGGUCCAGAACGCGACCGCGAACACUUGGCGAGAUUCGCGCGAGCAAAUCAAAGCAACCGAAGAAGGCGGCCGGCAAACGCAAUCAUACGUGACUUCUUUUCGCACCUACACCGAGUGUGUGUGUGUUCGUGUCCGUGUUCCGGCGACCGCGAGAGGGGUAGCAGCGGUGUGGUUGCUAUGGAAUCCCCCAAGCGUUUGUUUACACUCGCCAAUUUUUUUCCGUUUCUGUGUCACGACGAUUUUCCUCACGAUUGUGUUUUUUUUUAUCAGCAAAGCCCCGGGUUCAGCCGAUUCAGUACUCGUUUUAGUUUUAGGAAUUUGUAGAAAAAAAAAAGAAAAACAAACAAACCAGUGCUAUUGGAAAUUCUCACGUUUCUCAAAACAAAUUGUUAAUAUUAGUUUCUAAGAGGUAGUUUGCGAGAUAAUCCAAAAUGAAUGCUGUCGAAGCAUACUCUUGUAAAUUUGUAUUAUUGUUAGCGAAAAACAAGUGAAUAAAGGAAUAAUUGAAAAAAAAAACACCGAGGAAAGAGCUUCACUUAAAUCAAUUUUGCAAAACAAAAGUAAGAGAAUCUAUUUUAACAAGCAAAAAAGCGUGUAGCAUUAUGAUAAUGAUAAUGACUUGAAACAGAAAAAACCAGGAGAAAACUAGUUGAACAAAAAAAAAACAAGCAAGAAAUGCAUCACACUCAAAUCGAUAAGUAGGCAAUUAUCUAGCGAAGUAAGUAGCAUUAGAGAGGCGAAUAAGCGUGUAUAAGUUGUGUCUCCCCGGAUUGUAAAUUGGCGAACUAAAGUGAAAAAAAAAUUGUAGAAAGCAAAACCCAAACAAAAAACAACAAGAGUUUGUUUGGAGUAGGAGGAGGAGGUUGAGGAGGGGAUAAACAUAACAUUUUGAAUGUUUUUUGAUACAAUGUAAUUUAUAUCUAAUUUAGUUUAAUGUGAAUAUAUUCUAUUUUAAGUCCUUGAAUUAAAUAUAGAAAAUAUAAAAGCGAGAUCUGUAUCGAUGAAAAAAUCAA